UCUCACGACAGCCUUGAGCCCGCCGGCUCCUCUGACACCCUGAACUAAACCUACCGCACCGAUACACACUCUUUCGGGGUUAAACCGCCGAAAUGAGGGCGAAACGCAGCAAAAAGUAUCGCAAGAUCAUGUCUCAAUAUCAGAUGACAUUUUCUUUCCGAGAACCAUAUCAAGUCCUGCUGGACUCGAAUUUCCUCAAAGCCUGCCAUCAUUUCCACAUGCCUUUACAGAAAUAUCUCGAGAACACGCUUCAUGGAGAAUGCCGAUUAUUCGUGACGAAAUGCACAUUGGCUAAAAUCAUGGGGGACUGGGAAAAGCAGAAGCAGAAAGAGGAGAAGAGUAAAGAAAAGGAACAAGGCAGUGGCGGCGUCAGACGACCCAGGGGCCCCGGUAGGCCUGAAUUUUUACCCCCGCCGACCGAAGUCCCGCUACGACAUUGCAAACACAAGAACGAUGAAGGCGAGGAAUUGGGAGUAGUCAGCGAAGGGCGGUGUCUACUGGACCUGCUGGCAGGUCAGCCGCAUGGAAACGAGUUGGCCAAAAACAAGCAACAUUAUAUCCUGGCCACGGCCGAUGCGGACGACAGAGAUCGAAAAUCCAAAGGGUACCUCGAUGUGCGGGAGCGCGCGCGCAUGAUCCCUGGGGUGCCGAUUGUCUAUGUUAAGCGCAGUGUCAUGAUUCUUGAAGAGCUGAGCGGGGCUAGCGAGAGUGUCCGGCGGAAGGGCGAGAGGGAGAAACUUGCACAAGGUCUCUUGAGCGUGGGGGACAGAAAGAGGAAGAGAGCCGACAGUGAGGAGGGCAGCAGUGAUGAUGAGGAUUCAGAGAUUGGAGGACAAUCCAGUGGGCCAAGGAUUCGUGGACUGAAAAAGGCCAAAGGUCCGAACCCACUAAGUGUUAAGAAGAAAAAGGUCAAACAACCCACUACUUCUCAGUCGGGAGAGAAUGGCGGAGACACCAAAAACCAAGGGCAAGAUGGCCAACAAUCACAGUCAAAGCGGAAGCGGAAGAGGAGACACGCCGGGGCAAAGCAGCAGUCCGCCACGGCGGAUGAUGCAGGAAGGCCGUCGAACAGUCACGCUUCGACGUCUGCCCCGGCCUCAGAAGCAGUGGGAUAGUCCUAUAAUGACCAGUCUGUGCUCCGGCAACCGAACACCAACACCAUAGCACCCAAAAAGAUACCCAG